UUAGUGAGAGACUUGGUAGCUCUUGGCAGGCUCUUGGUGGUGUGCCUGAGACCAGCACAAGCUCUUUGUGUCCCAGUGUGUCACCUUGUCCUUUCUGCAGGAGUGGCUGGGUGUGACAGCUGUACCUCUGCUCCCUGGUUUGCUCACCCAGAGGAACUGGGUCAGCAUGGGGCACAUGCGAAAUGUCACUUGAUGCCUGCUUGUCUUUCCUGGAAUUUCUUCAUGCUAUAAACAAGUCUGAGAUUCAGUGUCUCAUCACUUCCUGACCAUCUCUGCAAAGCUGCACUUUGCCUGUUGCAGCCAGUUAGAAGAUCAAGGGUGACACUCCAACAGGAGAACUAGAAGGGGACCUGCAAGGAGCUCUGCCUGCUCCAGGGUGGGAUUUGGCAGCCCUCAGUCACAGUCUCUCAGAGCAUUGUAGGCCCCUGCGGGAGCCAGGAGCAGCUUGUGGUGGACCUGUCAAGCUUGUACCAUCUUAUGGUGGUGCCAGGGCCUCGCUGUGUGUCCAGGCAAGGUGAUGGACAGCAGGGGGGAGAUGGAGGUGGUGAGGAGCACCAAGGGCAGUGCUGCUGGGGAGGUCAGUGUCCACGUGGUCAGCACCGAGAGCACUGUGCAGAGCACCCACCUGCCCACCACUGCCUUCAUCAUCCCAGCGAACGCCACUGCCAUCAACCUUCCCACGAGCACCUUAGAAAUCCAGCGAUUCCCCCGGGAGCCCCAGAGAAGCACAGGGGCCGAGAGGCCAGACAGGGGAGCAGGGAAUGAGCCCAUCACAGCUGCUGUCAUUCCCCAGAUCAGCGGGGUGCAGACCUGCAGCACAGUCCGUGUGCUGGAGUGGAAAGAUGGGGUGGCAACUUUGCCUGGGAGUAACUUGCGGUUCCGGAUCAAUGAGUACGGGACGCUGAAGGUGGUGAGUGCUGAUAAGAUGCCUCCUAUGGAAGCUGUAAAGGAGGGUCACACAGAGAGAGAUGGGGACUCGGAGGUGGCACCCCCCAGCAGAGACAAUCCUACUGUGGCUCAGGACGCGGCGGAGCAGCCCACGCUGCCGGCGGCAGAAGGGCUGUGCCACUGCGACACCUGCGGCCGCAGACACGUGUGGGACGGGGCCCGGGAAGGCAGGGGCUUCUGCAGCGAGCACUGCCACCAGCAGUUCAAGGAGAGGUCUGUCAUUGUGGAAAACUCUGCCAGCAGCACCAAUGCCACUGAAAUCCUCAAGCCUGUGAAGAAACGAAAGAGGAAGGACUAUCAGAGCCCCUCGGAGGAAGAAUAUGAAUCUGAGCAAAUGGAGGAAAAGCAGGAAGAGAGGAAAAGCUCUGUGGAAGACUCUGCCAUGAGCAAUCUGGAGGCUGAGGCGUGGAACGGGAGCCAGCACGGUGCCAGUGAGGAGAAGAAAGAAGGCUGGUCUUGGGCGUCCUACUUGGAGGAGCAGAAAGCUGUCGCUGCCCCUUUAGAUCUCUUCCAGGAUUGCCAAGUAGCUUCCCAGCACAAGAAUGGCUUUAAAGUGGGGAUGAAGCUGGAGGGGAUCGACCCACAGCACCCAUCCAUGUACUUCAUCCUGACAGUGGCUGAGGUGUGUGGCUACCGGAUGCGUCUCCACUUCGACGGCUACUCUGAGUGCCACGACUUCUGGCUGAAUGCUGACUCCCCUGACAUCCACCCUGCUGGCUGGUUUGAGGAGACGGGGCACAAACUCCAGCCCCCCAAAGGGGUUGUAGGUUAUAAGGAAGAAGAAUUCAGCUGGACAAACUACCUGAAGUUAACAAAGGCUCAGGCAGCUCCUAAGCACCUCUUCAUGGUCCGAAACACUCACGAGGCUUCCCCAGGCUUCAAGGUGGGCAUGAAGCUGGAGGCCGUGGACCGCAUGAACCCUUCCCUGAUCUGCGUAGCCACAGUGACUGACGUGGUGGACAAUCGCUUUCUGGUGCACUUUGACAACUGGGACGACACUUACGACUACUGGUGUGAUCCCAGCAGUCCAUACAUCCACCCAGUUGGGUGGUGUCAUGAGCACGGCAAACCUCUCACACCUCCUCAAGAUUAUCCUGAUCCAGACAACUUCACCUGGGAAAAAUACUUGAAAGAAACUGGAGCAUCUGCUGUCCCAGCUUGGGCCUUUAAAGUGCGCCCACCCCACGGCUUCCUGGUCAACAUGAAGCUGGAGGCAGUGGACAGGAGGACUCCUUCCUUCAUCCGAGUGGCCAGUGUGGAGGAUGUGGAAGAUCACAGGAUAAAGGUCCAUUUUGAUGGCUGGAGCCACGUGUAUGAUUUCUGGAUUGAUGCGGAUCAUCCAGACAUCCAUCCCAUGGGCUGGUGCUCAAAAACAGGACACCCGUUGCAGCCUCCUCUCAGGCCAAAGGAACCAGCCUCCUCUGCCCAUGGGGGCUGCCCAAGCCUGGGCUGCAAGAGCAUCCCUCACUCCAAGAGCUCCAAGUACAGCUUUCACCACAGGAAGUGCCCCACGCCGGGCUGCGACGGGUCAGGCCACGUGACGGGGAGGUUCACAGCCCAUUACUGCCUCUCAGGGUGCCCGCUGGCAGAGAAGAACCAGGGCAGGCUGAAGGCCGACCUGUCUGACACCGAGGCCUCGACUCGCAAGAGGAGCCCGAUGGGUUUCCCUCAGCGGAAGAAAUCUCGGCACCACGGGAGAGGGAGACCUCCAAAGUACCGGAAGAUGCAGCAGGAAGACUUCCAGACUAUUUCUUCAGACAACAUGCACCAGUCACUCUUCAUGUCCGCCCUGUCUGCCCACCCCGACCGCUCCCUGUCCCUGUGCUGGGAGCAGCACUGCAAGCUGCUGCCAGGGGUGGCUGGCAUCACAGCAGCCACGGUGGCCAAGUGGACCAUUGAUGAGGUUUUUAGCUUUGUGCAGACUCUGACGGGUUGUGAGGACCAAGCCAAGCUCUUCAAGGAUGAGAUGAUCGAUGGCGAGGCGUUCCUCCUGCUGACGCAGGCUGACAUCGUCAAGAUUAUGAGUGUCAAGCUGGGCCCAGCACUCAAGAUCUACAAUGCCAUCCUCAUGUUCAAGAACGCUGAUGACACCUUAAAGUGACUUCUCUUGGCCCAGCUGGGACCCUCCCUCAUCACUGGUGCUGCCAAACUGUCUGGUCAGGACAGGGAUUCCCCCAGCCAGCUGCAGCUUGUCACGUCCUGCUCGUGUCCUCCCGGGUGCCACGUCUCCACUCUGCCACCAGUCCAUCUCCCAUCCUCUUCCUUCCAUGCUGCCCUUCUGCAGUGCUGGCCCAGGCUGGCCCAGGCUGGCCCCAGGCCUCGGGGGUGCUUGCAGGGAAGGAGGGUGGACGUGGCACUGGUCCAUCUUAGUGCCACAGCUGCCCCCACAUCCUGCUGUGCCUGCCCCGGCUCGGGGGUGCUGGGGGAGCCCUGUGGAGGGGCUGACACCCACUGAGUCACCCAGGCAGGGGAAGGGACUGACUGCCUGCAUCCAUGCUCACACCCACUUCAAGGCUGCUCUUGCCUUUGCUCAGCAGCUGAGAGAGAUUUGGGGUUUUUCCCUCUGUGUGAUCCUCUGGGGGUAUUUGUGCUUACACUGUUUCCAAGGGAAGUUCUUGAGGAGCUUCUGCUCAUUUUGCCUUUUUCUCUGAGUUCUUUUGACUUUCCCUUUUUAAGGCCAGUUGAUGACUGCUUUGCCCCUGCACUGCACUGCAAACCAGUGGUCACCUCUUGCCCCUUCAGGGAGUCCUGCUGUUGCUCUGCCCACGACCAGCACCUGUGCUUUAUUCCUCUUUCCUGGAAUGCAGCAGCCCCAGGGCAGGACCAGGGCUGGCUGGGUGCAGAAAAGGCUCCAUUUCUUCUUGAGCUUUAGACUGUUUUGUCCAGCACUUCUCUGGGAGAAAGGAUGCUUGGAUAGCUUGUUCCCCUUGCACCUAUUAAAGACUCCUUGGCAAAGGAAGUCGGGUCCUCUUUGGUCCUUGUACUAGGAGCAAGGCCCUCUCUAGGUGGAGACAGCUGCCAAGAACAAGAAGCAUCCAUUGCUCCAACAGGCAGAUCCUCAGUUGCUUCUGAAGGCAUUCCUGGGUUGGCUGAGUCGAUUCUGCCAAGCUGCCUUCUCCCCCCUCUUUGCCCUCACAAGGCACCCAAGUUCUGCUAUCUGAAGAGCAGGAUCUUCUGCUGUCCCUGGAUCCCUUAGCUGCAGAGCUAAAAGA